GCUCCCCCUCCCCCUCGGCGCCAUGCACCGCGCGGCACCGGCAGCUGCCGCCCCUCCCCCCGCCUGCAGCAGGGCGGGAAGGAGUCUCGGCCCCAGGGCACCUGCUGCGCAGCUCCCGUGUAACCCACCCCCGGCGGCAUGAGGAGGCCUCGGGGCCGUGCCGCCGCUGCCGCCCUGCAGCGCCCUCGGGCUGAGGGGAAGCUGCUUGCGAGGCCCGGCGCUAGGCCAGGCCUUUGCAGCCGCUUGGAAACCAAACAAGCGGAGCGCUUGCAGCCCCUGCAAAGGUCACGAGCGGGCGCCCGGGCCGGGCUGUCGGGCUGGCUCAGACUGACAGCCAUGGCGUUUCUGGGACGGGAGGGAACAGGUGCUCAGCACCGUGCUGCACAAGACGUAAAGCUGUUACUGUGGCAGGGCAAACUUGGGCAGGUGGGUGGAAACCGAAGAGCACCUCUUUGCUUAGUUGACGUUGAGAGAGAGAGGGGAAAAUAAAGUGCCAUCAGCACUGCCUCCUUAUCACCCUGAUACCUCCUACCCAAGUACAGAUAAGACCUGCCCAGCGGGGUCAUGAAAGUGAAGCUGCAAGCCAGCCUGCAAGAGUGUAAAACAUGGAUUUGGCCAACCAUGGACUUAUUCUGCUGCAGCAGCUGAAUGCUCAAAGAGAGUUUGGUUUCCUGUGUGACUGCACAGUUGCUAUUGGUGAUGUCUACUUCAAGGCCCACAAAUCUGUCCUUGCAUCUUUCUCAAACUACUUUAAGAUGUUGUUUGUUCAUCAGACCAGUGAAUGUGUUCGUUUGAAAGCAACUGACAUACAGCCAGACAUCUUCAGCUAUCUCUUGCAUUUGAUGUAUACGGGGAAGAUGGCACCUCAGCUGAUUGACCCAGUUCGAUUAGAACAAGGAAUAAAGUUUCUGCAUGCCUAUCCACUAAUUCAAGAGGCCAGCCUUGCCAGUCAGGGAACCUUUUCACAUCCAGAUCAAGUUUUUCCAUUAGCAUCUUCAUUGUAUGGCAUUCAGAUCACAGAUCACCAGAUAAAACAUCCCACUAAAGUUACAUCAGCAACUGACAAACUUGGGCGAGACCCAAGGCCACAGACUUCCCGGAUGAGCCAGGAGCAAGCAUCUGAAGGCGCACAGCUCUCACAGUUAGCUUCAACUCUGCCGCAAGUGACCAGGACAAACAUGACUACAUCUGACCCAUUGCAGUCUUCACUGUCCCCAGAACUGGUUUCCACUGCUGGUAAUAAUUCUCCUCCAGGAGAGGAACCCAACAUGGAAGCAUCUUCCUCAGAUGAACAGCCCACUUCACUCACAAUAGCACAUGUCAAGCCAAGUAUUAUGAAAAGGAAUGGAAGUUUUCCAAAAUACUAUGCCUGCCACCUCUGUGGCCGUCGGUUCAAUCUGCGCAGUAGUUUGCGUGAACAUCUCCAGAUCCACACAGGAGUGCCCUUCACAUCAAGCCAACAAGGGGAAAGUAGCAUGUCCCUGUCUCUCUGCAACAACACAGCUGACAAAGAUGCUAUGGAAGUGCCUGAAGCUGGAAUGAUUAGUGACAGUGAGUUGCAACAGAUCUCAGAUUCCCCCAUAAUUGAUGGACAACAGCAAGCAGAAACACCGCCACCUUCAGACAUUGCAGACAUAGACAACUUGGAGCAGACAGAUCAAGAAAGAGAAGUGAAGAGGCGGAAGUAUGAAUGUUCCAUCUGUGGACGCAAAUUCAUUCAGAAAAGCCACUGGAGGGAGCACAUGUACAUACACACUGGCAAACCUUUCAAGUGCAGCACUUGUGACAAAAGUUUCUGCAGGGCCAACCAAGCUGCCAGACAUGUGUGCCUGAACCAGAGCAUGGAUACAUACACUAUGGUGGACAAGCAGACUCUGGAACUCUGUACUUUUGAGGAAGGCAGUCAAAUGGAUAACAUGCUAGUACAGACCAACAAACCCUACAAGUGCAACUUGUGCGACAAAACAUUUUCAACUCCCAAUGAAGUAGUUAAACAUUCGUGCCAAAAUCAAAACUCUGUCUUUGCUCUAGAAGAGGACAGAUCAAUUCUGCUAGGUAGUGGGGACACAGAAGUGACAGAGACAGAGAACUCAGUGUUAGCCUCCAUAAAAAAGGAGCAAGAAGCAGUGUUGUUGGACUGAAUAUGAAAUCUGUAUUGAUUUUUUUUUAAAGUUUCUUUAUUCAUUUUUACUAAACCAAUUCUCUCCCCCUCCCCCUCCAAGCACCAGAAGUACACUGGUAUGGUAGAAAAUUGGAUCUUGCCCCUCCCACCAAAAAAAAAUAAAAGGCUUUAUAUCAAAUCACAACAUAAUUCAUUUUAAUGCACAGGAACAUGCCUAAAGGUAAUUCAGCUAACUUUGUCAAUAGUCCUAGUAAACGCAAGUUUGAUAAUUUUUUAAACAAAUUUUAGACUAUUUAAAAGCAUAUUUAGAUGCAAUGAAGUGUGUACUGAGAAACAAUACCAUUUUGCUAAACAAAGAAUAAAUAUGCAGUUAUUUUCCCUGGUAACAAGCCUUUUGAAAAGAACUCUCAGACAAUGCAGCAUGUUUUCUAGAGCAAUACCUACAAACUGGGUAAGAUCACAACUACCAAAAGGCUUAGAAUUUUCCAUAAUGAACCCAUGAAUCUUUUUUUUUUCUUUUAGUUUUUACUUUUCCCUCAAGUAUACCAUUUGGUAUCUGCUUCAGGUAGCUUUGUCGACAUAAUGUCCAUUCAAGAAAAUGUAGUUACUUAGUCAGCAUUGACUAUGGUAGCUAUAACAAUAAUGUGAUGGCAAUCUUUUUAUAUAUGCACACAUAUAUAUAAAGUGUGUUUAUGCGUGUGUGAGUGAUAGAUGCAGGGUAACUAGGUGCACACAUCCUUUCUAAACAAUUGGCCAUCUUUCAAGUUCAACUAAAGAGGUCCUUUAGUUAUGACUGUUUGAUCAGUUAUUACACAAAUUAUUUUUUAAUUACAUGUGAACUGCCCCAGACUGUGUGCAUUUUGUAUUAUCCUGUUGAAUGGAAACUCAUAUAACAGUGUUGUCACCGAAGACAUGAAGGAAACUAGAAAACAGAGAAAUGAUAUGCCGGUGAGCACUGUGCAAAUACCAGUACUACAUUGACAAGUGUAGUAGCCAUAGAUUAGAGUCACUCCUGGUACAAAAGGAAGAGAGACUUGAUCACCGUAUUCAUGUAAGGAGUCUCCAAGACUUUUUUUGGGUCUAACUGCAUGAGUUCAGUAAAAAAA